AUGGAUGCGGAUGAGAGCGAGGCGACGCAGAGCAGAGCGCGGAGCUACGACACGUUAAACACCUUGUACCAUGAGACGCGACAGGAGCUCCAGCUGCUGAACCAACAGCUUCACGCAAAGGAUGGAAUCAUAUGCGACCUGAAGGCGAGGCUGGCCCGCUACGAGAGGACCUAUAUGACGGUGGGCGACAACGAGCCGGUGGUCCUGGGCCCGUCCAUGUCGCUGCUGGAGAGCCUUUGCAAAGAAAUAUGCAAACACAAGCACGAGAGGGACGAGAUGGAGCAGAAGGCUACGCGGCAGCAAGAGGAGAUCCAGACCCUGGCGUCGGCGCUGCAGGAGAAGGACAAAGAGCUGCAGAGGCUGCGGGGCGAGCCGGGCCACGAGAAGGACGCAGAGCUGGACCGGCUUCGCUCUGCCCUGCUGCAGACGGAGCGGUCCGAGGCCACCAGAGCGGUCCUGUGCACCUCCCUGGCAGAGGAGGCCGAGCAGCUGAGGGGGCAGCUCUCCGCCACCGUGCGAGUGUGCAAGGAGCUGCUGGAGAGACUGGAGGCACAGGGAGCAGAGGAGAACCGGGGGAAGGAGGCGGAGGAGGCACAGGGGGAAGAGAAAUUGGACGCCACUAAAGUGAUGGAAAGACUGCAGAGAGAGAACCUACAGCUCAAGCAGCGCGUGGCUUAUGUGCAGAGGCUGAACUCGCAGUGGCAGAAGUACGACUCGAGCAGAGAGGAGUACAUCCGGGGCCUGUGCCAGCGCCUGAAGGAGGGCCCCAGCUCCUGUCCCGUCCCCGCCAGCUCCUCCAUGCUGCACCAGGAGAUCGCUCGCCUCAACGGCCUUCUCGAGGACAAACUCCGAGAGAGCGCAAGACUGAGCCGGGACCUGGAAGACGCAAAGAGACACGGCAGAGAGCGUGUGCAGAUGUUAGAGCAGCAGGUGUUGAUCUACGAGGAGGACUUUAAAUCGGAGCGAAGAGACCGGGAGAGAGCACAAGGAAAGCUGCAGGAGAUGAAGGAGCAAGUCCGGCAGCUAAAGCAACAGCUGCACAAACAGCAGGGGGCAGCAGCGCGGGACAGUGACAGAGACCUCGUUCCUCUGUGCCGCGUUCACAUCGGGCACCGGAUCGCCCCCAGACGGACCAAAGACUCGGAGCACUUGGCCAGGAACGGGCCGGACAGAAAGCAGCAACAGCAGCAGCCGCCGCCUAGAGCCGCCAUAACCCAGAGCUCGGCCUGGAGCGACAGAGCUGACCAGUCCGAGCUCCGCUGCCCUCGGUGCCAGGCCCGGUUCAGCGACACCCAGGCAGCACAGUACUUAGAACACUGGGAAGAGUGUGCCAGGCUAUGA